CAUCACUCUGAUUCAUCAACCAUGGGAUGCUGCUUUUCCUCCCAAAGUCUGUCCAUGCAUAAUCCCCGGAUUUUUACGCAGUACGGGCAUGGGAGGAUAGAGUCGAGCUUCUGUAUGGCGCAUUACGGCAAUGGCCCUAUGCCUUACCUUAGUAAGGUUGUCCAAAAUGUUGUCGAUGCGACGGGCCAAGACACCAAUUUUGAUUGCUACUGCAGUACGACUACUACAGCAAUCACCCUCUGUAAACAGGGGGAAGAUCUUACAAUUGCACAAAUUGGGAACUCGGGAGCUGUGGUAGGGAUGAGAGACAAGAAUAAUGCAUUAAUUGCAGUGCGCUUGACUGCCAAUCUCAAGCCUAUCCAAAAUUGUCGUACAUUAGCUAAGCCACACAAUCGCAAGGAAGCUCGCGACAUCAUACCCGCACCUAUUAUCUACCACAGGCGCAUCACUGAUCAAGACGACUUUGUAGUGUUAGCAACGGGCGAGGUAUGGGAGGUGCUCUCGAUCGAGCAAGUGGUAGCUAUCGUGGCCACGGGGCCUAGAGGCUCGGCAGCUAAAGCAGUAGUGGAUGCAGCAGUUGCAGUAUGGUCGAAUGAGCAUCCAAAUGCCGAGGUUGAUGAUUGUGCAGUGGCUUGUCUCAUUCUCAGACCAACCACCAAUUCAACACCACACUCAAUUUAGGAAAAGACAUUUGCUAAAUCAAUAGGAGUAGCUAGUUUCAUUCACAAGUCUUCAAACUACUAAAUGUGUGGGAUGCUAUUCAAGCUUCCUAGCUCAUAAGUAAGAGAUAUGUAGUGUUAGUAGAAUGUGAGGUUCAUAUUAUUAGUAGUGUUU